AUGUCAAAUAUUUCAUUGGCGGAGAACAACAUAGUGCACCAACAAGAAAUCCGGAUAGAAGUGGACUGGGUGUUCGGAUUGAAAGUGGCUCUAGCUGUGUCAGCAUGUUUUUUCUUCAUCUAUGUGAACGGCAUCAUGCUGUUCACCCUGAGGAGCAAAAGCACCUUCAGAGAGUCUUCCCGCUACAUCCUGUUUGCCCACAUGCUCUUCAACGACUCUGUCCAGCUGCUGACCAGCGUCCUGCUGUACAUCUUUGCAGUAGCAUAUCUGCACAUAGUCAGGGCUGUGUGCGCCGUCAUUGUGAUUAUGUCCAGUACCACCUUUUACAGCUCCCCUCUGAACCUUGCUCUCAUGUCUCUUGAGCGCUACAUAGCCAUCUGCUUCCCUCUGAGACACAGUGAAAUAGUGACUCCUAAACGGACAAUAUUGGCUGUAUGUGUGGUCUGGUUUUUUGGCUCAAUAAAUCAAGCAACUGACGUGAUUGGUAUUUUAAUCACAGACCCCUCAUUUUUCUUAACAACAGUAUUUUGCACACGGGAGAACAUGCUAAAGACAAAGUGGCAAGUGGAUAUGAAGAUUGCAAUCACUUCCAUCUAUUUUGUAGCAGUAGGAGUCAUUCUCCUUUACACAUAUGUGGCAAUAAUGUUGGAGGCCAGGUCAGUCUCCUCUGACAGAGCUUCAGCAACAAAGGCCAGGAAUACAGUGCUGCUGCACGCAGUUCAGCUGGGUCUGUGCCUCAUGUCCUUCCUGUAUGGUGUGAUAGAGGCCUUGUUAGCAAGGAUGACUGUGUCUGUCUUCAUUCACCUGCGGUACCUCAACUUUGUGGUUCUUCUCAUCCUUCCCAGAUGUUUAAGUCCACUUAUAUACGGUCUGAGAGAUGAGAGCUUUCGUCCACUUUUUAAAUAUUAUUUUACCUGCAGUUCAAAGAAAGUAAGACCCAUAUCAAACAGAAAAAAGUCUAAACCAUGA